CUUUUGCAUUGCAUCAUUCUAUUUCCAUAAAGCCUUUCUUGUGGUACUUCCACACAGCAUCUUCUCCUUCUCUCCUGUCUCUGAAUAACCCACAAAAAAUGGGAAGGCCUCCAUGUUGUGACAAAUCAAAUGUCAAGAAAGGUCUAUGGACUGCAGAAGAAGACGCUAAGAUCCUCGCUUAUGUUGCAAUCCAUGGCGUAGGAAACUGGAGUUUGAUCCCCAAGAAAGCAGGUCUGAAUCGAUGUGGAAAGAGCUGUAGAUUGAGAUGGACUAAUUACUUAAGACCUGACCUCAAACAUGACAGCUUCUCUCCCCAAGAAGAAGAGCUUAUCAUUCAGUGUCACAGAAUCAUUGGCAGCAGGUGGUCUUCGAUUGCGCGAAAGCUUCCAGGAAGAACAGACAACGAUGUGAAAAACCACUGGAACACGAAGCUGAAGAAGAGGCUGGUGAAAAUGGGGAUAGAUCCGGUGACUCACAAACCUGUUUCUCAGGUCCUUACGGAAUUCAGAAACAUUAGCGGCCAUGGAAACUCAUCCGAACCUUUUGUCAGAAACUUCAAAACAGAACCAUCUAACAACUCUAUACUCACACAAUCCAACUCAGCUUGGGAAAUGAUGAGGAACACAACAAGCCAUGAGAGCUAUCACAACUCUCCUAUGAUCUUUACUCAUCCCACUUCAUCUGAAUUCCAUUUCUCUAACCAUUCAAACUUUCCACUCAAUGGAGCCACAUCUUCAUGUUCUUCCUCGUCAUCUUCUGCUAGUAUCACGCAGCCAAACCAAGGGGCUCAGGCACCGGUUACAACGUUCUGCUGGAGUGAUUACCUUCUCUCGGAUCCGGUUUUACCUCUUAGCUCUCAGACACAAGUAGUGGGAUCCUCAGCUACUAGCAACCUCACUUUUGCGCAGAACGAAAACUUCAACAGCCAAGGAGAAUGCAGCUCUCAGAAGAUUGCUUCCAAGGCCUCUGGAACAUGUCAUUCCGCAAGCUCCUUUGUGGAUGAAAUAUUGGAUAAAGACCAAGAAAUGCUGUCACAGUUUCCUCAACUCUUGAAUGAUUUCGAUUAUUAGAACCUUCCUUAUGCUAUUGUUGUUGUUGUUACUGCUUCUCUUGUAGCUUAAAUUCGAUGUUUUAUGAUGUUUCAGAACUACUUUCAUCUAGUUUUUCAAUAAGUUAUACUAUCUCUU